AUGUCAACUCGUCGUGGAAACACCAAAAAACUUGGUCAAAAACAUCAAAAUAUAACUGCAUUUAAAGAUUAUAAAGGGUGUACAGUUUAUAAAAAAAUUAAAGCAUUACCUAAUGAGGGGUUAUGUCAAAAAUGUCAUGACACAAUUGAAUGGAAAAAGAAGUUUCACAAAUAUAAGCCACUAAAAGUACCUGGUGUUUGUUUAAUUUGUAAACAAAAAAAUAUACGUUAUGCCUAUCAUACAGUUUGUCAAGAAUGUGCUAUUAAAGAAGGGAUAUGUGCAAAGUGCAGAGAAAAGAAACAAAUAGUUAAUGGCUUUAAAGUUGAUAAACAAGAGAGUCAAGAAGAUCAAGAGUUACAAGUACAAAUUGAAAGGUUAAGUCUUAGGCAAAAACAAUCAUUCUUUAGACAACUUGAAAAGAAUCCUGAUUGUGACCAACAAGAAUUACUAAAACAAUUCCAAGUAAAAGAUAAAGAUGAAGAUUGGGAUAGCUUUGAUGAUGAUAGUGAUUAUGAAGAAGAUGAAAGUAAUAAUGAAAAUAAAAAUGAAACAGGUAGUGAGCAUGAUGACAUUGAAGAAGAAGAUAAUGAGAGUGAGGGAGACGAUUGA